AUGAGAUCUACCAUCAGCCUCAGUCUACUUGGAGGUGCUCUGGCACUAUCCAACGAGAAGAUCGAACUCGUCGCACAGACGCCUCUCAUAAAGGAUGCUUGUCCUUCAAACCACCUACUCGACAACGGCAAAUGCCUGCCUUUAGCAUAUGGAGAUUCGCCGGCAUCAACAUUUGCGUUCCAAUCCAACACAACCCAGCCCUCGCACCCCACAAACUCCCUAGAAGACGCCCGUGACCUGGCUUCUCAAACAGAAAAUUUCCCUUGGACGUUUUGGCCAGAAUGUUUCACUCACGAGAAGGUUCCGGAUCAACCAUACUGCGUCUUCAGUGACCAGAAUUUUGCAUCAGGAAGGGGCAUUUUCAUCGCCACCGCGCAAAUUUUUGCCUACGCCAUGCUAGAGCACGAUGCUUUCCAACGUCCACAAACACUCGAGCACAUCAACCGCUACGAGAACCCGCCAUUUGAACAGCACGAGUUUCCAGGAAAAGGAAGGGGACUAGUCGCGAACAAGACACUGAAUCAAGGCGACCAGAUUUUCGCUUCCACACCCAUUCUCAUCACCGACCCCGAUCUAUACGAGCUUCCAGAAUCCGAACGCCUAGCCCUCUUACACCGCGGCAUAGCCACGCUUCCCAAGUCAACUCAGUCUUUGUUCUGGGAGCUUCACGGCCACACACCUGACGACGACGAAAUUGAUGACCGCAUCACAACCAACAACUUCGAAGUCGCCAUCGAUGGCAUCUCCCAAUCAGCGCUAUUUCCUGAAAUCGCAAUGCUGAACCAUGACUGCCGACCCAAUGCUGCAUACUUUUUCGAUGAGAAGACAUUAACUCAUUACGUCCAUGCCAUCCGGCCCAUUCACCCCGGUGAGGAGAUAACAAUAACAUACAUCAACAACGAGCUACCUCGCGCGAGACGCAUCCACGGUCUUGAAAAGAGUUGGGGCUUCAAAUGCUCUUGUUCAACAUGCACUGCGCAUCCCGCCCUUGCCGCUGAAUCUGAUGCUCGUCUCGAGCAAAUCGCCUCACUCCAAUCAGAUAUCCUGAAUGACUGGACGGAGUCUUCGUCUGCUACGCCAGCUACAGCGGAGCUUCUUAUCAGUCUGUACAAGCAAGAACGACUAGAUGCUAGUUUAGCGACGGCAUACCAGCAUGCUGCGGAGGUAUACAGUAGUUUUGGGAUGAAGUGGGAGGCGGUGCGAUAUGCAAGGUUGAGUGUGGAUAUGAGCAUGUUGGACAAAGGUUGGGGCGAUAAGGAUGUUGCGGAGAUGAAGAAGAUGAUCGCUGAGCCGGAGAUGAGCUGGAGUUGGAAGAAGAGGGUCAGUGUCAAGAGUGGAGGAUGUGGUUGUGGCAAGAACCAUUGA